ACAAAACAAGAUUGCUAAAAAACUUAAGUAAGAUGAGAUGAGGUUAUAUAAUCAUCAUUAAUCAAUCAAUACUAUUCUGUUGGUUUCAUUGCAAUUCCGAAAAGUUGUUUUUAAAAACAAAAGUUGAAAUUAUAUACACACAUAAUAUGUACACACAUUUGCUCAUAUGAGAACAAAUGAACAUCACUAAAGCGUUCGCUGUAUAUAUUCAAAAUAAAGUUAAUUAAAAUAUCACUUACACAUUCAUAGAAACGUUUUUGUAGCUGAAUUGGAAAAAGCAAAUUCAAAUAUAAAUAUGAAUAAAAUUCGAUCGUUUUUUCCGAAUGCAAGCGCAAAUUUAGUAUUAAAUCGUAAUUCAGCGAAUUUAGAACCAGAGCUUGGAUUUCAAUUAUUAAUUGAUUUAUCACCAAAUAGCGAUGGCACAAACCAAGCCCAAAGUCAUCGAAAAAUUCAGCCACAGUUGAAUGUUAAUUUAAUAGGUGCGCGACAUCUACCAACACUUUUUGGACUUAAAUCUGUGCAAGGUUAUGUUGUUAAGGUAAAAUUAUUUCCAGGGACUACUAAGUAUGACAGUUGUAUUCAAACGAAUUCGUGGCCAAAAUUUAAUGAAAACUUUAAAUUCUCCCUGGAACCUGAUAGAAAGUCUUCUUUUAAAAACAGUCCAAUAAAAUCCACUUCCGACAGUUCUAGCAAUGAAAUUGAUAAAUUUUUCCAUGGACAAUUUGUUGUAUUAACAGUUUAUGCACUAUUGGAGCUACCGCCUGCUAAUUUCAACCGAUUAAAUAAAACCUAUAGAUCUCUCAAGGAGCGAAGUGCUUCAAUUGUUCAAAGAAUUGCUGAACAAAAUUCGAAUUCUUCCGCUAAAAAUCCUAAGACAAAAGAAACAAAUUUGAAAGAGCAAAAUGAUUUAAAAAAUAAAGAAAAAGAUAAUGAAAAGGAAGAGUCUAAAAUGGCAAAAAGUGAAGCAAAAAGAAAUAUAGGAACCGUAACGUGCUAUUUAGAAUCAAAAAUUUUUAAAAGAAACUCUAGAAAUAAUAAUCAGUAUUUGACCGAUGAAUUUUGGUAUGCCAUUAAAGAUUUAACAGUAUCACAGAUUCCAGCUGCACAACCUAAACCAACGUUAAGUAUGAAUGCAGGAAAAGGCCAGUUGGAAAUCACUAUAGAAUAUUGCGAUUUAGAAAGUACUGAAAUAUCACCACCAUCACCAGUUGAAAAUUCAAAAACCAAAGAUAAAAGAAAUUCCUCGGAAUUGGAGACGACCACUGAUUCAACUGUCAGUUUAUUUAAAAAACCAUGGAUAUCGGAUAUAAAGAGAAAACUUUCAGUUCGAAAAUCAAAACCAACAAUAAAGGGUUACAUUCUUAAAGUAACUACAACGAAAUUUCGUUGUUCGAUUAAAGUUAAAGAUGAAUUUGAAUCAGCUGGUCAACAAAUUUAUAUUAAAACUAUUGUUUAUGAUGGUGAUAUACCAUUAUGCUCAUGGAAAAGUAAUCAUUUUGCACCAUCAUUAUCAUCACGUUGGGAUCCAAAAUUUACAAGAUUAGAAGUGCCAUUUCCAAACAUUAGCUGUUUAAAUCGAAUGCGAAUCAAAUCUCAGAUAGCAACUAAAGGAAAAGUUGGUAGAAAAAUUAUAUUAGCAAGUAUGGUAUACAAUUUAAGUGAUGAAAUUCUUAUAAAACCAAAUAAACCUAUUGUUGCGUGGUAUAAUUUGCAAUAA